UCAGGCUUAAAGGUUUAUACUCAUCCUUUUGAAAACCAUCCUUCUCUAUCUUUUUAAACCUGAGAGGUGUGAGCUUACAAGUCCUCUCUCAAUGAUCAUCUUUUACAGAUAGACCCUGAGAUGGUAUAAUUGCAUCCUUUCUUGGCACUUUUAAAUCAAAUUAGCCAGAUACGUGGGGAGGAGAGAACAGGGGAACGCAGUUUUGAAAGGUAUCUGACUGGGUGAGCAGUAAGACCGCAGCAUAAAGAACCGCCGGGAGUCUGGGCUUUCCCACUCUGGUGGCAGGGAGGGGGAAUUACGGGUUGGUGGUCUGCUUCCUGUUAGGAGAACACCCCUCCAUCUGUUCCCAGCUCAGCCUGUUUCCAAUUUAAAGCCCAGAUUUCAAUACAAACCUCAAUUUCUUUUCCCCAUUUGAAAUGCAAAGCAAGCCUUUCACGUCCUAGAGCCUCUGCCACUGGGAUUCAGACCAAAUUUCCCCCCAAAAUUCUCAGGCUCUUUGCUUGAAUACCUGCUUACAGUGGUGCACAAUGGACAGCAUUGAGAAGAAAAAUUAAUAAUCUUCACGGAAGAGUAAUUUGAAUGAAAUUGCACUUGACAGCCUGUCUCCAAGCAAACAAGAAACGCGAGGGAGCCUGAGCUAAGCUCCAAGGACUUACCCAAGCCACUGCUGGGGGAGCUUCCCAGGGACAAAAAAAAAAAAAAAAAAAAAAAAAAAAAUCGCUCGCUUCUCCUCCAUCUAAUUGAGCUUUUGAUUAAUUCCUUGUACCAGAUUCUACUGAAGAAAGGUAGCCAUGGAAGAGAAUAUGGAAGAGGGACAGACACAAAAAGGGUGUUUUGAGUGCUGUAUUAAAUGCCUGGGAGGCAUUCCUUAUGCCUCUCUGAUUGCCACCAUCCUGCUCUACGCUGGAGUUGCCCUAUUCUGCGGCUGUGGUCAUGAAGCUCUUUCUGGAACUGUUAACAUCCUGCAAACCUACUUUGAGAUGGCCAGAACUGCGGGAGAUACGCUGGACGUCUUUACCAUGAUUGACAUCUUCAAGUAUGUGAUCUAUGGCAUUGCAGCUGCAUUCUUUGUGUACGGCAUUCUGCUGAUGGUGGAAGGUUUCUUCACGACUGGGGCCAUCAAGGAUCUCUAUGGGGAUUUCAAAAUCACCACGUGUGGCAGAUGCGUGAGUGCGUGGUUUAUUAUGCUGACAUACCUUUUCAUGCUGGCCUGGCUGGGAGUCACGGCGUUCACCUCGCUGCCAGUUUACAUGUACUUCAACCUGUGGACCAUCUGCCGAAACACCACCUUAGUGGAGGGAGCGAAUCUCUGCCUGGACCUUCGUCAGUUUGGGAUUGUGACAAUUGGAGAGGAAAAGAAAAUUUGCACUGUCUCGGAGAAUUUCCUGAGGAUGUGUGAAUCCACUGAGCUGAACAUGACCUUCCACUUGUUCAUCGUGGCCCUUGCUGGAGCUGGGGCUGCAGUCAUCGCUAUGGUCCACUACCUUAUGGUUCUGUCUGCCAACUGGGCUUAUGUGAAAGAUGCCUGCCGGAUGCAGAAGUAUGAGGACAUCAAGUCGAAGGAGGAACAGGAACUUCAUGAUAUCCACUCUACUCGCUCCAAAGAGCGGCUCAACGCAUACACAUAAACAGCGCCUUCCCGUCCUUUCCACCAUUCAGAUGCAUUGGUGAUUAUCUAAGGGCCAUCCAACCAUCCAACCUUUCGAAAAAGAAAAUGAAAGUGCUUCUCAUCAAUGAUAUGGAGGGUGACUUAUGAAUCACCUGAAUACAGUUCUUUGUUGUUUAGCACUUAAUUUCCUAAUUUGUUAAAUUGGUGUAAUCAGAGCUCUCCUACAAGCUCCUAUCCAGCCUUUUUUUUUCUUUUUUAAAUUUCUCAAACUCAUUUAAUAAUUCUGUAAGAUCAAAGAGACUAACAUUGUCAAAUGCAGAGAUUUCUUUGAUUUUUAACCACUUCCAUGUGUUAUACAUUAUACCUUUUGCAUUAUUUCUUAUGUUUUGAAAAGAAAAAUAGCUUUUUAUACUUUUUAGUUUUGAUUUCGGUAACUAGUUUAACUACAGGUAACCUUCAAAGGGACCAUUGUACAUUAUGAACGAUAGACAGAGAUGAUAUCAUGAUGACCCGAAACAUGCAAAUCUUGUCUGAAGAUCAGUGGCCACGUUGCUAUAGGCCCUGGUUAAUGUUUUCAUCAAUCUAAGGUGCAAUUUCUAAAUUUGUAAGAGUAGGUUUAAAAAAAAAAGUGCUUCUUAUCUUUGUUAACAUUGUAUUUUUUCUUGAUGUACUUAAAAGGCAUUACUCUCUGAUGACUCAUGUUUCUGUCGUGAGCAUGUAGAAACAAUAAUGCUUAUGCAUGGCUACUUACCUUUUUAAGAUUGUGACACCAGGCUUACCUUUUAAAGUUUAGUAUAGAGACUGUUUUAACGGAAAUAACUACUGUGGACUAUUGGCAAAUGAUCUCUUUGUGAUUUAAGCAGUGGCUGGAUUGGAACUUUUAAUAUGUUAAUGUGGGACAUUAAUUACCUUUAUGAAGGUGGUGUAUUAAAAAUAAGCACACUAACCCCUCUGAAGUUGUUUUACCUACUUUAAAAAAUUUUAAUGGAUUGCACCUCUGUAAACUAUCCCUCAAAUUGUGUAUGAUAUAUUUGAAAAGGUUUCCAUUAAUACAAUAGCUUUGCUUGCAGCCUUCCAAUCUAUGUCGGUUUACCUGUAGUGUUUUUUAAAGUGUGGUCAGAGGCCACUAUACAAUGUAUCCUUUUGAAGUGUAGUGAUAUAUUUGUGUUUUUAUUUCCAGUAAGUCAUUUUAACCAAAUGUUCAUUCGUAUUCAUUUAUAAGACGUACCUAUAUCAAAAGAAUAAAAAAAAGCAAUCAGUAUUAUUGGACCAAAUUUGGUGUUUGUUUUAACCUUAACUCUUCUUUCGGUUAUUUCUAAUGCUACAAGAAUGCUGUAAAGUGUCUUUUAAAAUGAUAUAGCCUGACGAGACUUUGCUGUCAGUGUAAAAACUAGGUAGUAUUGUGCACUGAUUUGACCAUUGUGAAAUCUUUUCUCAGUGUAAGUGCAUUUCUAAUAAAAUUUAUUGAGUGAAACAAUCUUUGUACAAUGACUAGUCAUGCAUCAUCCAUAAUUUUACAAGUUCUUGUAGUAGGAAGGGGGGUAUUACUAGCUUAUCUGUGGCAUGAUUAUGCAUUCUGUAGUAUUAUUUAAUUAAUUUGGGGUUUUGCUUCUUUUUUUUUUACACUUAGAUUAUCUUACUGGUUCAACAUUUUUCUGAUAUAUGCAGUAUUACAGAUAUUCAGCAAAAGUAUUAAUGGGCUUCUUUAAAUUCUAUAUUGUAGUGUUUCGGUUCUGUGUCUUAAUAGUUUGUGAUGAUUUUUAAAACUGUCUUUUAAACUUAUGUAAUGAUGUUGAUGUUUUUGGCGCUUUUUUUUUUUCUGGUAUUAGAGUUUGUAUUUUCACAAAGAGUGCUUUGUAGCAGGCAUUACAAUUAAUCUGUUUUGUACAUAAAUGUGCCAACAGCUUGAUGGUGGCGUUUUUGAAAUGUAGAACAAAGUGCUUGCAAAAUGUAAUAAAUACACUUGUGUACUUUGUGUACUUA